UUAUCAUAAUUAAGUCCUGUUAAAAAGUGCUGGAUACAGUUUCACACGCAGUUGUCAGAGAGUGUCCUCUGCCUCUGAUCGAGAGGCGGAGUGAGUGAGAGUCGGGCGCUGUCUGACGCUCCGGCGCUCGCGUUCAGCUCCGCUGCAGUGACUCGGCGAAGGCAGGAUCACUUUUUCCACUUUCCCCUUCUGUCCGCUCACACACAUCUGACAGCUCCCAGGACGGCCAUGACGUCUCGAAGAUGGUUUCAUCCCAACAUCACUGGGAUCGAGGCAGAACACCUCCUCCUGACACGAGGCGUCCAUGGCAGCUUUCUAGCGAGACCCAGCAAGAGCAAUCCAGGAGAUUUCACUGUCUCCGUCAGGAGGAAUGAUGAGGUCACCCACAUUAAAAUCCAGAACUCAGGGGACUAUUAUGACCUGUACGGAGGGGAGAAGUUCGCCACACUGACCGAACUGGUGCAGUACUACACCGAGCAGCACGACCUCCUGCGGGAGCGGAACGGAGAUGUCAUCGAGCUCAAAUACCCCUUAAACUGCAAAGAUCCCACAUCAGAGAGGUGGUAUCAUGGGCAUCUCUCGGGUAGAGAUGCUGAAAAGCUCCUUACGGAGAAGGGCAAGUCCGGCAGCUUCCUGGUGAGAGAGAGCCAAAGUAAACCAGGAGACUUUGUGCUUUCCGUCCUCACUUAUGAGGAAAAGCAUGAAAAUGUGGACCGCAAGACUAAAGUCACCCAUGUCAUGAUACGUUAUCAGGAUGGGAAAUAUGAUGUAGGAGGAGGAGAGAGGUUUGACACUUUAGCAGAUUUAGUGGAGCACUAUAAGAAGAACCCAAUGGUGGAGAAGAGUGGAAUUGUUGUGCACCUUAAACAGCCGUUCAAUGCCACAAGGAUAAAUGCAGCAAACAUUGAAAACAGGGUGCGAGAAUUAAAUAAAGUGGCUGACAACUCAGAGAAACCCAAGCAAGGCUUCUGGGAAGAAUUUGAGGUUUUACAGCAGCAAGAAUGUAAACUCCUUUAUCCCAGGAAAGAGGGACAGAGACCAGAAAAUAAAAAUAAGAACCGAUACAAGAACAUUCUACCAUUUGACACCACUCGAGUGCAAAUCAGAGAGGCGGAUCCUGACAUGCCUGGCUCUGAUUAUAUCAAUGCUAACUACAUCCGAGUAAGCCCUCUACCCUUCACUCAUAGUGCUUAUAUGUUUCCGAGCGUGCAUGAAGAAGGUCGUCAUAUGGAUGAGGGUAAAGUGUUCAUCGCCACUCAGGGUUGCCUUCAGAACACCGUCUUAGACUUCUGGAAAAUGGUGUACCAGGAAAACACUCAUGUUAUUGUCAUGACAACCAAGGAGAUGGAGAGAGGACGGAAUAAGUGUGUGCGGUACUGGCCGGACUUAAAUUCCACAAAGGAGUUUGGGAAGGUGUGUGUGAAGAACAUUGAGGAACAUACAGCUCAGGACUACAUACGGCGAGAGCUGGAGGUCACAUGUCUAGACAGGCGAGAGCCUCCCAGAUGUAUUUGGCACUAUCAGUACCUGAGCUGGCCUGAUCAUGGUGUUCCCAAUGAACCUGGAGGGGUCCUGAGCUUCCUGGAGCAAGUUAACAGGACCCAGAGUGCCAUUCCAGAGAGUGGACCUAUAGUGGUUCACUGCAGUGCAGGGAUUGGAAGAACAGGCACAAUUAUUGUGAUUGACAUCCUUAUCGAUAUCAUAAACAGACAAGGUUUGGACUGUGACAUUGACAUCCCAAAGACCAUUCAGAGAGUGCGCCAGCAGCGAUCCGGUAUGGUGCAGACUGAAGCCCAGUACAAGUUCAUCUACAUGGCUGUUCAGCAAUACAUUGACACUGCUCAGAAGAGACUGGAAGAGGAGCAGAGGAAUAAAACAAAGGAGAGAGAAUACUCUAAUAUCAAAUACCCACAGAUGACAAAUGCCAGAGCUAAGCCAAACAUGAGCUCAUCUCGGUCUUCAUCUGUAAUGAAAGAUGACUCUGGCGUGUACGAGAAUUUAAACAUCAAGAAUCCAAAGGGCUCUGCAAGCAGUAACACCAGGAGAUAAACCAUGUGGGCUGCUGUCUUAGGAACUCUGGGAUUCUAACAGAGGUGAUUUGUCAAAGCACCUGACCAUGGAGUGACUCUGAAGGGGAUUGGCAGCACCUACUGUACGCUGAGGCCAACUAUGCCUGGCUUCAAGCUGGAGAUUCCACCGAGAUCUCAACAGCUCCUCUCUUAUUCUCCUGCCUCCCCUCUCAGCCUGACUGACUGUCUGAGAAGCUCACACUCCAACACCAAGUGCCUGAUCUGCAGCCCAAAAUGUGACUUGGUGCUUUCUCUCCCCCCGUUGUAGUCUAAUAAUCCUCAACUCUGCACUAAGCUACAUGUUUGUUCGUAUAGGUGUGAAAUAUAUUAAAUAUGAAUAUUUACACUCAGUGACGUAAAUUGGAUGAAGCUACGCUCUUUCCAUGCGCUCUAUGGCUGUUUCUUUGUCUACUGGAUGUCGUCUACUGUAACCAAAGACCUUUGCUAGAUCUUUCAGUAUCUCAUGAGCAACAAUCAUUAGCACUGUGUUGAGUGAUGCUCGUGGCUUGGUGAUGUAAGAAGAACAGAACUACACCACCUGUGCCAGCCCCUCAAGAAUCACCCCUGGAGUAACCUGGAGUGAUGGUUGCUCUGAGUGUUUGCUCAAUGUACGACCAGUGAAUUGGAUACCUAGUAAGCAGGUGUUUUAAAUGGACUGAUUUGGUACAGUGUUGUAGGAUUCACACAGUAUGUGCCAAUUAGCAGCAUGCACAUCAUGUCUGUGAAAGCUUCUGCUUUGAUGCUGUUUUGUUGAGUGUUACCUCCAAGCUAAUGAAAAUUCGGAGGGAAAUCAAGUGCUACUGUGUCUGGUUCUUCCCACUAGGCUACGUUUUAGGCUUUUUGUUCCUAAAAUCGUCAGGGAAGCCUUCAGUAUUAGAGUUUUGGGAUUAUAAUUUUUUUGUGUGUUAGUUUUUUAUGUUAAUACUAAUUUUAUUUGCAUCUAGGAUUCCUUUUAGAAAGUUAUAUCUUUUGUUGUGAUAAUUGUGAAUGUGAUUAUGAAAUCUAGCUAUUAUGCAGGUAUGUUUGUAAAGCAGAAUUUAUUGGGUUAUUCCAAAAUUUCCAGUCUUUUUCGAGUUAUAAAAAGGAUAUAUUUGCAUAAUGAAUUUAUAAAUAGAUUUAUGAAAUUGCAGGUUGUGAUUGCACUGGGGAGGCCUUUGAAUUAAAAUGUAAAUGAAAAACGUGGUAUUACUAAACAUCUGCAAGGGGGUGUAUGUCAGGAUGUCGGCCAAACCAUUGACGUGAACAGCCUCCGCUGGAGACUUUAGCUAAAUAUGGGCAAGCCAGAUGGCCCUUGGCCAAGAUUAAAGAAUAGAUUUGUGUAGGGGGGUGAAAAAAAGUAAUUUAAAAGAUUAAUUUCAGAUGUGGCUAUUAUUGGUUUGCAUCAACAUCUCUGGUGAUGUCACCAGAUGUCAUAGGUCCUGGCAGAUGAGUUCAGCUGGACAUGUGUGUUGGCUAAGAUAAAUCAGGGCAUGAUGUGUCUGAUAAAUCACAGCGUCUGACUGUGAAAGUGGCAGUAGUGUUCACAUGACAGGUUUUGUGAUGCCAUGAGCAGAAGAGUUGUGGAAUGUGGUUCGAGGGUGGACUGGGUCUGUUUGUCAGUGGAUGGUUUUACUAAGUUGGAAGGACAAGAUGUUUGGAGAAGUUUUAAUGUUUGAUAGAUCACCUGGGAAGUGUAAAAGCAAGGUUUUAUCACUGCUUAUGAUAAUCACAUAAUAAUACAUGUUAAAUCUGUUUUAAGCUGUUUAAGAAUACUGUUACAGUGGAAGGAACAUAUGAAUGUGCUGACCUUUGACUGAAGACUGAAUUAAUUUUAAUCUGUGAUUUAUGAAUUCAUGUGAGUGUAUUAUCCUUGAACGCUUGGAAGAUGUUUGUCUGAUCUUCCUGUUUUAUUUUGUUUUAUUUUUCACUUUGCCUCUGUGAAAAAGAGUAAGGGGUCAAUAUUUUGAGUGUGAGAUAUGUAGAGUUCAGUACUUGAAAUUUAUUUUGUAUCUCUGCUGCGAGGUUGUGUAUACGGCUGUUAGAAUGUUCUAUGUUUAGAAAUAUUUGACUUUUUUUUUUUUUUUUUGUCUUUGGUGUUUGCUAUUAAUGUGGUAUUUUGCAUUUAUAUAUCCGUUGUUUUCUUGUUUUUGCUCAAUUAAUGAUUCGGUGUAAAUUGUACAUUUCAGUUGUUUGUUAAUACAUAGAUGGAAAUAUUCACAGCUAAAUUUAGCAUAUUAUUUCAAAAUGCUUUAACUAUUAUUAUUAUUAAUGAUGUUGCUUAUGAAGCUAGAGUAUCUGCUUGCUUAAUCACAAUUUUAAAGUCUGCUCUUUACAUUUACUUGAAUACUAUGUUAGUGGGUCUUUUUUAAUCUCAUUUUAUUUUAUUUUUCUGGUGGUGAUCAGGUUUGAUCUGAAUAAUGUUGUGCUGACUGUCCUCGUGUGGUAAAGACUGUGUUCCCUCUUGCACCGGUUCAGCCUAAAAUGCCUUCUGCCCUGGCAAAUACAGCUGAUAUACGUCUCUAAUGAUGAUAAAAGAUUAGAUAUUGAAUAAUAAAGCAUACACUGGGAAAUUUCA